AUGGGCACACAGCGAGGUGCAUUAAUAGUAUUUGAAGGCUGUGACCGCACUGGAAAAUCAACGCAAACGGAAAAAUUAGUUGAAUAUUUAAAUGAGCAUGGAUUUACUGCAGUUAAAGGGAAAUUCCCAGCGAGAAGUGUUGAACCAGUUGGACCAAUAAUUGAUGAUUAUUUAAAGAAUAAAUUAGAAUUAAGUGACAGGACAAUUCAUUUUUUAUUAUCAGCAAACUUAUGGGAACAAGUGUCACACUUGAAGAAUAUUAUUCUUAACGGCAAAACAUUAGUGAUGGAUAGAUAUGCAUAUACUGGAGUUGCAUAUUUAACUGCUAUGGGGUUGGAUUUAAAUUGGUGUAAAACUUCAUACGUUGGCUUACCAUCACCAGAUAUUGUUUUCUUAAUGGACGUUCCAUCAGAGGAAACUGAAAAAAGGGAAGAAUUUGGUAGCGAAAGGCUUGACAAUAUUGAGAUUCAAAAGAAAGCGAAAGAUACGUAUUUAUCAUUGAUAGGCCCUGAAUGGAAGGUAUUAGAUGGACAACAAUCAAUUGAUGAGCUUCAUAAAAAAAUUGCAAAGAUUUCUUUAGAAGUCAUCCAAAAAUGUGAUGCCUUACCAUUGCGAGAAGAUUUAUGGAAAAAUCCUUGA